CACAUAGGACUUAAAUAAAUAACGUACUUUACGUUUCACUUUUUUCUCCAGCAAUUUUUUUUUCUCUCUCUCUCUCUCUCUCCCACAAAUUUGCCCGCUGACAAAUUUGGUACAGAUGGUCGGAACAGUGGAGAAGGCUGUCAAGGCUGAUUUACCACUGCGUACAUGACAAGAGGUCUGAUUGUAUCUGAAAGCCUUCAUGAAGACCACAUGGACCCUGACAUUUUGUGAUGAGCCCUGGAGAAGCCUUCCAGUGGACUGGAGGGAAAGGCUGCGCACCCUGAGCUGCCUGCAGGCCCUGAGACGCAGCACUCAGAGCUCGCGUCGGGCCGGGCUGGAUCCACCGCCUCUGGACCUGAAGCACAACUGCACUCACACAACUCACUGGAAACUGCUGCCAAACCGAAACUUGGAGGCUGAACCCCUGCUCCCUUCCAUGACGGCUCACCUGAACCUGCCAAGCUGAAGUGCUCCUGGAAACCGAGAGAUUUCGGUUGCUAUUCAAGGGACGAUUCUCCACGUGAAAUCCCUUUCUCAAUACGAUCUAUAGCCGCGAUGCCGGAGAGGAAUUGGCAAACGGAGAGAAGAAAAAAAUGAACAGUAAAAGUUUGAAACGUUGCCCUGAGAAAAAAAAAAGCUCUCCUUAUUUCUCCAGCACGACGGUCUCAUUAAGAAGACACGAAGGCAGCAACAAAAAAGUUCUGGUGUAAGUUCGGGACCAGCUUUGCAAACAAAAUGGGAAAAGUGUGCGUCUCUUGCCGUGUGCUAACAACUACAUCAAAGGAGCGAACGGCGUAUGUAUAAAGGUUUUGUGACUGAAAGGGAAAUAGCUUGCAGGCACAAGGCACAUGACUACUCCAUUUAGGGGAAAGGGGCAGAUCAGCUCAAUCAGUACAGCCUCGGGGCUCAAAUCCUAGACAAUAUAUACCUUACACAACAUUUAAUUGUUUUCCUUUUCAGUUAGGGAGAUCGAAGUGAAAAGCCACUGAACACAUCACGCUGGUGAACAUAAACUGCAGAGCCAGAGAAUAGCAUUUUUCGAGGUUCCGGAUUGUAUUCUUCUAAGGGUCAACAGUGCAAGUGUCCCGUCGCCAAUGAAAUGUCUUUUUAAAGGUGGAUACAACAACUGAUCUGAAGCACAAUCUUGACAUCACAAAGAUAUCUCUGCAGUAUUCCACGAGCAACAUGUCCAAAGACGAGGUAAGCUGCAAGAAUAGUGCGGUUUGUAGGCACAAGGAACGCAAGCCAAAGAAGCCACAUUACAUCCCCAGGCCAUGGGGGAAACCAUACAACUACAAAUGCUUCCAAUGCCCCUUCACCUGCAUGGAGAAAUCGCACCUUUACAACCACAUGAAGUACAGCUUGUGUAAAAACUCCCUCUCGCUGCUGAUAGAGUCGGACUGGCCUUACAAGAAGAACAACAUUCUCAAUUCUGAUCUCCGCUUGCUGCAAGGCGCGAUGGACCCGGGGCGGUCGGAGAAACGCAGACUGGAAUUGGAAAGCAGCGACGAUGUCUCCAUUGCAGGUGACACUUCUAUCAAAGGCGCCGACAGGUGGGACGCCUGCAGAGCCAGCGUUGAGCUAAGCACUUUGGAAGGACCUGACAAACGGACGUGCCCCUCAAGAGAAAGAGAGAAAGUUGGCUUCGGCACGGAACCGAAAUCAACGGACCACUCCAAGAAAACGCAGGAGGCAAGGUGUUUACCCAACGCUGACCUACACACGCCCUCCAGAAGCAAAAUGGCCAAACUGAGCAAAAAGGCCGAGACUGAUUUCAUUAUAACUGAUGUCUUUUCCCUGAAGGACUCGGUCAUGAAGAAUAAGGUUUUACCAGCUGCGGGACUGGAAGCCAAGCUAAAACACUACAAGCUUCCGAGGAACUGUGUGAGCAGUAAUGGGAUUCUCAUGGAACAGUGGAAGCUGGUCACAUCUGGGCAGAGAAAGCACGCAGCUGACAUUUCUUCAUCGUGUACUGAGACAAAUAUAAUUCCGUGCUACCCACCACCGGCGUACAGCGACUACCAAGAGCCGCAGGGAUUGAAUCUCUCAGUGCUCGGGGUCAAUUACCCCAUGAACCACAGUCUGUUCUCCUAUUUGAGUCCUGCCAUCAAUCCCAACGGAACGACACCUGCACAGGUGGCUCAGCUGCCUUUCCUCGGCUCCUCAGCUCAGUUAGUCCACCCACAGUCUGGGCAUUUGCAACCUGCACAUCUCCCAGGACGGUCUCCAAUCCCACCUAGGUUCUUCUACCCCCUGUUAUUCGAGCAGACCCUCAGCACGGCGGAGAAUAGAUCGACAACCAGCCACAAUGACCAGGACCUAACAAACCCGGCGGCUGCAAAUAUCCUUGCAUCGCGGGCACUCGAUAUUCCCAACAAAGCCUAUUUGCGUAAGGUUCCCAUCUUAAGGCCUCAUGUGAGCAAACCUUCUGUGCAGGCGGACGGCAGUUCAGCUGAAGCCAACUACAAGUCCUUCUUGGCACGGGCCCCUGACCAGAAAUACCCGACGCCCACCGCAGUAACUCACAAAAACGCAUUUGUGUACAACUCUCCAACUUGUAAAAACUCCCGGGACACCGAGGACAGGUUUAUCAAACCAACGAUUGUAAAGAACCAAGAGACGUCUUUGACGGUUUCCCCAAGAACAAGCGAAACAUCAGCAAGCCUGGAGGAAACAAAAGACAAUCCAAGCCAGUCAACGUUACUGUCGGUUCCUCUUUCAUCCGAAAAUUCCAAGCAGCCAGACAAUAGUGAGCCGCCUUGCAUCGAGAGCAUUUUGUCAUCGUACCAAAAGAUGCCACCACAAUGGACCACAGAACUGGAGGAAACGCCAAAGGAAAAUCAAAGGAGAAGCCCUGAGUUCAGAAAGUUGUCCCCAACUGCAACUUCCCCAGUAAGUAACAACCUCUGCAAAUCGGGUAAAGCAUCUAACUGUCUUCAGACAGGCAAAGAGACGAAUGGCUCUGUGGUGCUGAUAAACGACCUUUGUAAAGUCAUCCACGAAUACCAAGAUGUUGAAGAGAAGUUGUGCUUUGUGGUCGAUGAGGAUACACCCGGCCAGAAACAACUCAGGGGACAACUAACUAAGAUUAGAAAAGAAUUAUACCACAUCCGCCAGGUAUUGGAGAAGACAUCCAAGCAACAUGAAGGACCCUUGGACCUCUCUGUCAAGAAGUCACAGGAUGGGGUUGUGGGGAACCGUAAGAACAGCGAAUGCCCGGAAGAAACGUUCGAAAAUUGCGGCACGCGGGUAGCGGGCCUAGGCCGAGCGGAGCAAAGUGCGGGCACACGUGCAGAAAGCGCAGUGAGCAAAGCGAAAGCAACGCAAAACUGUUACGCAAACGCUGACAACAAGUCGUCGGAUUCGUGCGUGAAAGUGCACGGGUUUGAAAGACUGGGAACCUCCCCGGAAAUGGACACCGUCGCCACUCACAGGGCAGAUCUAGCGAGAGCCAGCGGCCCUCAGCUGCCAAAGAGCAUUUCAACAGAGACUACAUUCACAAACAGAGCAACCAAGUGCGAAGCAGACUCCAGUGUACCUCUGAGUGCUGAGGGGAAGUUUAUUUCACACCCGCUGCCAAUGGCUGAGGAGAGCUGCAGCAAGGGUGAGGCUUUGAAAAGGGCACCGUCAGGUGAUGAUCAGAAGGGGGGGAUGAAAGUUGUGUGUACUCACCCCUUCAGUGGCAGAUAGGUUAGGAUCAAUAAAACAGAAUAGGAUAGUAUGAGCCCAGCAAUGUGAAGAUAAGAGCACAGUGGUUGUGUCGGUAAUUAGACAGAAUGGCUUCAUUAACGGCCAGCACUGGAACAGGUUUAGUUUAGUUUAGAGAUACAGCGCGGAAACAGGCCCUUCGGCCCACCGAGUCCGCGCCGACCAGCGAUCACCCCGUACACUAGCGCUAUCCUACACACACUAGGGACAAUGUACACUUUUUAACCAAAGCCAAUUAACCUACGAACCUGCACGUCUUUGUAGUGUGGGAAAAACCCACACGGGUCACGGGGAGAACGUAGAAACUCUGUACAGGCAGCACCCGUAGUCAGGAUCGAACCGGCGUCUAAGGCAGUAGCUCUACCGCUGCGCCUCUACACAAUAUCUGAAAUGAACAGAACAGCACGGCACAGAAACAGGCCCUGUGGCUUCCGAUGUCCAUGCCGAACAUGAAGCAGAGUGAAACUAAUCUCCUAUACCAGCACAUGACCCAUCUCUCUCCAUUCACUGCAUUUCCAAAGUCAAAGUCAAAGUAGCCUUUAUUGUUAUUCAGACCUUACAGUCUGAACGGAAUUUCAUUUCCUUGCAGUCCUACAUAUAGUAAAAAUGACAAAAACACACAAUAAACACAAAUUAACAUCCACCACAGUGAGUUCACCAGGCACCUCCUCACUGUGAUGGAAGGCAACAGUCUUAAGCCCUUGUCUCUUCCCUUCUUGUUCUUCCUCUGCGCCGAGGUGAUCUAGGCUUCUGAUGCUGUGACCCCGCCGGGUGAUGGGGAGUAAUGUCAGUCCCGCGGCUGAAUCCGAGCUCCGCUCCGCUCCAAAUGGUGGGUCCAUUUAAAAGCCUCUUAAACGUCACUAUCGUAUCUGCCUCCAUCACCACCCCUGGUAAUGUGUCCCAGGUGCCCGCCACCCCCUAUCCAAAAAAAAAAACAUGCCCCGCACAUCUUCUUUCAAUUUUGCCUUCUCACCUUAAAAUAACAGUAGAGUCUGGUUCGCUAAUUAAAAUAAAAUAAAGUUAAUCUUCCUUAAACUGCAUCAUUUGAACAGUUCCAUUAAUCUCAUAUUUCAAACGAAGUGCAUAUUAUGUUCGUUAUUAUUCAUGUUCAUAACAUCAUAGGAGCAGAAUUAGGCCAUUCAGCCCAUUGAGUCUAUUCCGUCUUUCAAUCAUGGCUGAUCAAUCUUUCCCUCUCAACCCCAUUCUCCUGCCUUCUCCACAUAACCCUUGACACUUUUACUAAUCAAGAAUCUGUCGAUGUCCUCCUUAAAAAUACCCAAUGACGGCCUCCACAGCCGUCUGUGGCAAUGUAUUCCACAGAUUUAUCACCCUCUGUAAAGAAAUUCCUCCUCAUCUCCUUUCUAAAGGUAUGUUAUUUUAUUCUGAGGCUGUGCCCUCUGGUCUUGGACUCUCCCAUUAACAUCCAGUUGCUUUGCCUGUUGCAUUACUGAAUACAGAAAGUUAUAUCUUACAUGCUUAUAACUGUUCUAAUUUAUCUAUAAUGGACACAAAAAGUUGGAGUAACUUAGCGGGACAGGCAGCAUCUCUGGAGAGAAGGAAUGUGUGAAGUUUCGGGUUGAGACCCUUCUUCUCGACCCGAAACGUCACCCAUUCCUGCUCUCCAGAGAUACUGUCUGUCCUGCUGAGUUACUCCAGCUCUUUGUGUCUAUCUUUGGUUUAAACCAGCAUCUGUAGUUCCUCCAUACACACUAAUUUACCUAUAUUUUCCUGUGUUCACGCACCUGUUGACGUGUUUUGGGAAAAUUACAGGGCAAAAGUCACAAAGGAUCUCACAUGGGUCUGAAAUUGGUGCCUCGAAGUCAAGCUCAGGAACGGGUCACCAUGUGGAAGGAGUGUGCGUGCUGCUAGAUUGUCCCAUGUUCUCAACAGCCUUCCAUGGCAGCUGCCUGCAACAUCAUUUAAACAUGCUAUAUCUGAAUUAGUGCUUCGCAAUUAAACAGUGACAAUGUUCACACAGCACAUCACGGUGUGAGUUUUCACGAGGCAGCUUACAGGAGUGAUAAUUAAAGAGGUCCUCCUUGUUAUUAAAGUAAAGGGCAUGAAAGGAAAAAAAACACUGCAGGGUCUGUCUCUAUUACUGCUGAAUGCCGGGCCCAUGAUACACCACUUGCCCAGAUAAUCAAUAACGUUCUCUUUAAAGAGAGGCAACAUGCAGAAAUCUAUUGAACCAAACACUGCAGAUGCUGGUUAAUACACUCUGUGUCCCUUCAUGCAGAAAUUUGCUCCUUUGCAGUUUAAUGUAAUCUGCACACUUGGAUAGAAUGGGUCAGAAAAUAGCUACAGUACAUGAUCAGCGGUGCAGAUGUAUUGGCAGAAGAUGAAGGACUAGGAUGUAUGCCACAGCGAUUCAUAGGGUAGUGUCUGUAUUUUACACUGGAGAUGGUGCCACGGCUAGAUGGGACGAUACACUCUAUAUGUGUUGGUUCCGCCACUGUGCUGCCAUGGUCAGGAGGAAGGUAGAUGCUCAAAAUGCUGGAGUAACCCAGCGGGACAGGCAGCAUCUCUGGAGAGAAGGAAUGGGUGAUGUUUCGGGUUGAGACCCUUCUUCAGGAGGGAGGACCGGCGGGCGGUGGACAGCAGAGGGAGCCCCCGAGCCCGGCCCCCCGAGGACCAGAGAGGAGGAUGGAGAGAGCUGGAGAUGUCGGGCACGACAACAAGGGCCGGUAAAAGAGCGAAGCGGAGUCCCACCUUCCUUCCGCGCCCUCGUGGUCGGCUGCGGGAGCCCCCCCAGCUGGGGCACAAAGGCUGAAGGUGGCCGGGCGAGGAGAGGAGAGGGACGACAGUUCGCUGGAUGACCAGGAAGGAGAGCAACAGCCUGGUGCUCGUCUUGAUCGGGCACCGCUCCAGAAGUCCGAGCUCACGGACCAGACUGCACUUUAUAAAUGGCACCAAAACCUUGCAACUCUUGCUUGUGGUCUCAGUGGACUAAUUCUAUACACUAAGCAAGGAUUGUGCUUAGGUCAGUCAUAGAGUCAUACAGCGUGGAAACAGGCCCUUCCUCCUCCAGCAGCUCAUUCCAUGCACCUUCUUCUUUCGUGUGGCGUGCACAGCCUAAAGUUGUUGGAGAACUUGUUCUAUUUGAUCUUCCGUUUGUGCACGUCGAGUUGAUUGCAUUAGUCGAAACAGGGCGGACCACGUGAAGGUUGCAAUCUUCCACCCCAUUCCAUGCACCCACUGCCCUUUGUAUGAAAAAGUUACACUUCAGAUUCCUAUUAAAUGAUUCCCCUCACACCUUAAACCUUUAGUCCUCUGGUUCUCAAUUCCCCUACCCUGGGCAAGAGACUCUGUGCGUCUACCCGAUCUAUUCCUCUCAUGAUUUUAUACACCUCUAUAAGAUCUCCCCUCAUCCUCCUGCGCUCCAAGGAAUAGAGUCCUAGCCUGCUCAACCUCUCCCGACAGCUCAGAUCCUCGAGUCUUGGCUUGGCAGCAUCCACGUAAAUCUCCUCUGCCUCCUUUCCAGCAUGUGCAUAGGUAUGGCGAUACUCCACUGAACUGUGAGCAAAAAAGACUGUGUGUCUGUACAUGUGGUAACAAAAGAACUGUUGGACCAUUCACAAGUCAACUUCCCUGGAUGUCUUCUCAUGACCUGGCUGAUCAAGGAUGCCCCACGUGGGGCUAACCUCCUUCGACAGAGCCUUCAAAGACUGAAGAUCCCUGGCAUCUCCUCCUCCGCUGAUCAUCAC